AUGGCGCCUUCGCGAUCACAGCAUAGGAACAGACUCGAAGUUCCUUCAUCGAAGCCCAGAUAUUUCUCCAAGUCCAAGUCCAAGACCAAGCUCCAGUCCUCGAGUCUCUGCGUUUCUAGCUCGACCACCGACCUCCCUUCACUCAUCUUGCCCCGAUCUCUCGACUGCCAGACCAGUGACCGACCACUUUCUUCUCCCAGCUUGCCACGAUCACAGUUCGACACGAAUAUGUCAGAAUUUACCGGUUUCGAUUGCACCGAGGACGACUUCGAAGCUCUACCCCUUGCAAUCAGGAGAAAGUACUUUUCGACGCUGGAACGCCUGAGACUUGCCGAACGGGCCAAUUCUCUCGCUCUUGAUGAGCUUCCAAUUCAACGGCCACGCAAGGGAUCAUUGGCAAGUCGCCGGAACGUCUCUGUCACAGAGCUCCGAAGGAAACCCUCAUCGUCUAGAAAGUCACGCAAACAUUCCCUUUCGAAUAAUGAGGCAUCGUGGUAUUUAAAUUUGCCGCCCAAGGUCAAACGGAAGAACUUCACAGCUGAAGAGCGGGUGGUAUUGGAUGGGCGCUUGCAGGACAAGGUCAUUCUUGACGCAGCGGAUGAAGCAAUCUACAAAGCGAGCCGGCGUGCGAGUCGAAAUCUUCCAACAAUCGACCCCUUCCGAGACACUUCAACGUCUCCCUCCCCAAUUCCCUCCCCGAUUCCCUCCCCGAUGAGCAACCCGUCUAUUCAUGACGGCGGAGACCGAACAUCCAGCAUGGCCGCCGCAAUGUAUGAAAGUUUUCGAUGGAUGGAUGAGGAGAGCGACUUGGACCUCCGAUUAGUAUUGGAUGACUAUCAUGCCAACCUCGAUGGUGCCGUUAUUCCCGAUUCAACCAGCGACAGAAGGCCAUCAUUUCGACGGCAGAUGUCGAUAUCCAAGAUACCCUUUAGCAGUAGGGGCUCCCUCACGUCGCCAAAACCUCAGUCUCCGCAAAGCGAAUCUCCGUCGCAAAAUCACCUACGACAAAGGUCCCGAGCCCUUUCGCUCAUCGGCCCAAAACAUAUGAUACAUAACUCUAUAUCGUCGAUAGACCCCAACGCAACACAUUAUCAAGACCCCGAGGCACGGUUGAAGCUCCGGGUAUAUCUAGCCUCGCCCCAGAAGUUCGACGAAGCGAUAGAGUUUGGGUUUCCAUCCAUGGAUGGAGUGACAGGUGGGGAUGAUAAGGAGAACAAUGCCCCGGUACGAUCUUCCAAAGAUGUACCAGCUCUCAAGAGUUCCUUUGCUACCGACGGUGGUCGGUCGUUUCUCAACGACGGUGCCUCUCUGUUCGAGGAUGAUGUUUCAAUGAUGGACCCAGAAUCACCGAUCACUCCAAUGGCCAUCGAUGGAUUUCACCCUGAGCAGCCAGCACCUCUUUCUGAGUAUGGGGCAAAACCCACCCAGGACUCGGCAGAUUAUUCCCACCUCGGUAUUACAAAGCCCGUGCUUGUCAAGCAGCCGGAUGGUUAUGCACAAGCUAUGGCGGGUAACCGAGAAAUGACCCUAAGGAUGACGCUGACGCGGCCCGACCUGCGUGCGGAUGAAACAGCGCUCUAUGGGUGGCAGUCGAGAAAAGGCUCACUCCGAGAAGCAUCUCCAAGCAUAGCGGAGCCGGAGAAGUUCGAGGUUCGUGGGCCGUUCGGUGGCCUUGACGGUUGGGGUCCAGUCGAGAAAGAGAAUGGCGUUGUUAAAAGACUAUGGAACAAAGUCAAGAGCUCCCAGAGAAAGGGGCAAUAG